AUGUCGGGGGUCCCGGGGUUCCCCAUGGCCGCGCCCGCCCAGCCAAUCAUCGUCCUGGACGACGACGAGGAGGAGCGAGCCUCCCAGUAUCCCGACGGAGCCUCCCAGUAUCCCGACGGAGCCUCCCAGUAUCCUGCUGGAGCCUCCCAGUAUCCCGCUGGAUCCUCCCAGUAUCCCACUGGAGCCUCCCAGUAUCCUGCUGGAUCCUCCCAGUAUCCUGCUGGAUCCUCCCAGUAUCCUGAUGGAGCCUCCCAGUAUCCUGCUGGAUCCUCCCAGUAUCCUGAUGGAGCCUCCCAGUAUCCCGACGGAGCCUCACAGUAUCCCGCUGGAUCCUCCCAGUAUCCUGCUGGAGCCUCCCAGUAUCCCGACGGAGCCUCCCAGUAUCCCGCUGGACCCUCCCAGUAUCCCGCUGGAUCCUCCCAGUGUCCUGCUGGAGCCUCCCAGUAUCCCGACGGAGCCUCCCAGUGUCCCGCUGGAGCCUCCCAGUAUCCCGCUGGAGCCUCCCAGUAUCCCGCUGGAUCCUCCCAGUAUCCUGCUGGAGCCUCCCAGUAUCCUGCUGGAUCCUCCCAGUAUCCCGCUGGAUCCUCCCAGUAUCCCGCUGGAUCCUCCCAGCAUCCCGACAGAGAGUCCCAGAACCCUGAGGAAACAUCCCAGCAUCCUCCCAGUUCAUCCCAGUAUCCCCCUGCUUCAUCCCAGCAUCCUCCCAGUUCAUCCCAGUAUCCCCCUGGGGCCUCCCGGUGCCCGCCUGGCUCAUCCCUGUAUCCCGACGGAGCCGAGCCGUCCCAGUGUGCCACCAGUUCAUCCCAGUAUCCCGCUGGGGAUCCAUCCCGGUCUCCCCAGGGCUCCUCCCAGUGUCCUGCUGGUUCUUCGGAGCACCCUGGGGGCUCUUCCCAGUAUCCCAGCGCCCCAUCCCAGUAUCCCAGCGCUCCAUCCCAGUAUCCCAGCGCUCCAUCCCAGUAUCCCAGUGCUUCGUCCAGUGACGCUGGCGCUCCGUCCCGGUAUCCUAAUGGUUCAUUCUGGUGCUCCAGCGCCUCAUCCCAGUAUCCCGGCAACUCCUCCCAGUGUUCCAGCGCCUCAUCCCAGUAUCCCGGUGGUUCAUCCGGCCAUCCCGGUGCCUCAUCCCAGUAUCCCGGCAACUCCUCCCAGUGCCCCAGCGCCUCAUCCCAGUGCCAUCCCGGCGCUCCAUCCGGCCAUCCCGACGCCGCGUCCCAGCCGGCCGGCGCCCCCGAGGGCGCGGGGCGGCGCGCGGGCGGCUCGCGGCGGCAGAUCCGGCACCUGGAGCACCUGCUGCGCGUCUACGCCGGCGAGAUCCGGCGGCUGCAGGAGCGCGAGCUGGACCUGGCCGAGCUGGACAGCGCCGACUCGCCGUACCUGCAGGAGAACCGCCUCAAGAGGAGGAUGAUGCGCAUCUUCCGCCGCCUCUGCCAGCUCAAGGACUGCAGCAGCCUGACGGGCCGCGUGCUGGAGCAGCGCAUCCGCUUCCGCGGCACGCGCUACCCCGAGGUCAACCGCAGCAUCGAGCGCUUCAUCAACCGGCCCGACGCCUUCCCCGACUACUCGGACAUCCUGCGCGAGAUCCGCGGCGCCAGCGCGCGCCACGGGCUGGGGCUGGGCCGGCGGCAGAUGGAGAACAUGGCCCAGGAGGCGUUCCGCGAGGUGGGCAACCGCCUGCAGGAGCGGCGCCACCUCGACCUGGUCUACAACUUCGGCAGCCACCUCACCGACCAGUACCGGCCAGGCACGGACCCGGCGCUGUCGGACCCCGAGCUGGCGCAGCGGCUCCGGCGGAACCGGCGCCUGGCGCUGGCCCGGCUGGACGACGUCAUCGCGCGCUUCGCCCAGCGCCAGGAGCAGCAUGGGAACGGGAAUGGGGAACGGAAACAGCGGGAGCGGAAACGCCGGAGCGGGAGGAAGAAAGAAGAGGAGGAGGAAGAGGAGGAGGAAGAAGAAGAGGAAGAAGAGGAGGAAGAAGAGGAAGACGAAGAAGAUGAGGAGGAAGAGGAGGAGGAAGAGGAAGAAGGAGAAUCCUCCGAGGCCGAAGGGCAGGUGAAGGUCAAGGAGGAAGAGGAGAUGGAGGAGGAGGAAGAGGAGGAAGGAAGAGAAGCUCAGG